CUUCCUCCUCCUCCUCCGCCCCGCUCCCUCCCUGCGCUCCCGGGCUCCGGCCGCGCGCUGGCGGGGCUCCGCAUUGCACACUCUGGGGGCGCCGCAGUGUUCGUGGGAUGGGGCAGCGGGCUGCCGCUGGCGGCCGGAAUCCGCGCGCAGCCCGGGUGCACGCUCUCUCCUGUUGUCCCGAGUCCCCGCUCCCAGGCCCUCUGCAUGAGUGACGCUCCGGUCUGCCAUGGGACCUGGCCCUGCUCUGGCCUGGCUCCUGCUCCUGAGCCUGCUGUCUGACUGCCUGAGAGCCGCCCAGUCCCGAGACUUCACCGUGAAGGACAUUAUCUACCUCCACCCUUCAACUACACCAUAUCCUGGUGGAUUUAAAUGUUUCACCUGUGAAAAGGCAGCAGACAACUAUGAGUGCAACCGAUGGGCUCCGGACAUCUACUGUCCUCGAGAGACCAGAUACUGCUACACUCAGCACACGAUGGAAGUCACAGGAAACAGUAUCUCUGUCACCAAACGCUGCGUCCCGCUGGAAGAGUGCUUAUCCACUGGCUGCAGAGACUCAGAGCACGAAGGCCACAAGGUCUGCACUUCCUGUUGUGAAGGAAACAUCUGUAACUUGCCACUCCCCCGAAAUGAAAGCGAUGCCACAUUUGCCACAACGUCACCCAUAAACCAGACAAAUGGGCACCCACACUGCAUGUCAGUGAUCAUGUCCUGCUUGUGGGUGUGGUUAGGACUCACGUUGUAGCAGCUCAGAGGCGCCACGUUUAGUAGUGAUCCAUGGGACCUCGCCGGUCCGUCGUCAUGCAUGAGUCAUUGGCCUGACGGUUCACACGUGAGACACGACACUCUCAGACGUCAUCACCGCCAAGCUUUGCUCUCACCAUAAGGAACAAGCAUUGCUUCAGUGUAGUCAUUUUGAGUCUCACCGACACCCCAUCAAAGCCAGCCUGCCCCUAAGACAGACCCUGAGUUCUAUGCCAUGCACCUUUCUUUUCACUCCAAGAAAUAGAUCUGCAUUUAUUUAUUGCCAUCUGGGGUUCUUAAUUUGGAAGAAUACAGGCAUGAGAUGCAGGAAGUUCUGAGACCCUCUGAAAUGUUUGGGAUCUACUCUAUGGACACCCAUAGAUGUGUGUUUUUCUGGACAAAGGUUAAAAAAAAAAAAC